AAUGGCUGGGCCGGUUCUGGGGGUCGAAGCAUGGGGAAGCGCCGGGCCGGGGGUCGAAGCGUGCUGACACUGCUGAGGGCUGGCGGGCGAGGGGGCGAAGCGGCGCCGGAACACUGGGGGACGCGACCCCCAGGCAAGGGGAGGCCGGGCCGGGUGCCAGGGGGCCGAGGGGGUUGGCACAGACAGAGAGAGAUGAAGCGACACAGGAGAGGGAGAAGUGGGAGAAGGAGUGGGCGGAGGAGCGGAGGAGCGGGAGGAGGAAGGGGGGGAAGAGCAGGAGAAGCAGCGGGAGGAGGAGGAGCAGGAGGAGCAGGAGGAGCAGCAGGAGGGGGAGCGGGAGAAGUAGACGGAGGAGGAGCGGGAGGAGGAGCUGGAGAAGGACCAGCGGAAGGAGGGACGGGGAGACGAGCAAGGGAAGCAGCGGGAGAAGGAGGAGGAGCAGGAGGAGCGGGAGGAGCAGCAGGAGGGGGAGCAGGGGAAGAAGAGGGAGGAGGAGCGGAAGGAGCGGGAGAAGGAGCAGCGGGAGGAGGAAUGGGGGGAAGAGCAGGAGGAGCAGCAGGAGGGAGAGCGGGAGAAGGAGAGGGAGGAGGAGCGGGAGGAGGCGCAGGAGAAGGAGCGGGAGGAGGACGAAAUAUGUAGUUUACAUAAUCAAUAACUCAUUAAAGU